AUUGAGUCCUGCCCAGUAGCAAAACGGCGUUAGACGCAGCAUUCGUUAGGGACGGGACACUAGAGAAGGGAGGGCAGAGAGCGAUUUUGUUCUCUCUCUACUUCUCGGUCGUCUUCUUCGUCUCCACUCUAGGGUUUUACUCUAUCUUCUUCUUCAUCAUCAUCUUCUACACCAAUCUCUAGCGUUAAUCUGUUUCUGCUGGAGAAGAUUUACGCUUGUUCCUCGGUUCUCUUACUUCUGCUCCGGUUCGAUCGCUUGCUAAGUGUUUCGAGUUGGUUCGCACUUCGGUGGGCGAUAUCAUGACUGUGAGGAACGGUGGUUUCCCAGGAGAUUAUAAUCGUAACAGUUUUGACUCUCCCGGCGGCUGUGAUGAUAGCCCCAAUGCUUCCAAGGAUGAUGAAACUUUUGGUGUCCCGAGAAUAGUUUUACCCUUGUCUGACUUGUCAUCAUCAGAAAGGAGAAAGUGGAUUCAUACGCUUCGUCAGGAGCUGGAACAACUACGGUCCUUUCAGAAGAGUGUUGGGGACCUUCUUCCUAUAUCUAAGAUUGUUACUAGUACACCUGCAAGUAAUGUGUCUCGCCCCAAGAGUUUUGGAAUGUCACGAUGCUCUACUGGCCCUGGAAAAAGGGUGCUCCCCUUCACAGCAACCAAACCAGAGCCAGUCACCACUUCCACUAUGCUUCGGAUGAAGCAAUGUGAGAGCCUCCUUAAACGAUUGAUGUCGCAGCAGCAUUGUUGGCUCUUUAAUACCCCUGUGGACGUCGUCAAGCUCAACAUUCCUGAUUAUUUCACCAUUAUCAAACAUCCUAUGGAUUUAGGAACUGUUAAAAGCAAGUUAACUUCCGGCACGUAUUCAAGCCCUUCAGAGUUUUCUGCUGAUGUCCGUCUUACUUUCCGCAAUGCUAUGACUUAUAACCCGUCAGAUAAUAAUGUGUAUCGCUUCGCUGAUACUCUCAGCAAGUUUUUUGAAGUGAGAUGGAAAACUAUCGAGAAGAAGUCAUCCGGAACCAAAUCUGAACCAAGUAACUUGGCUACUCUUGCUCACAAAGAUAUUGCGAUACCUGAGCCUGUGGCUAAGAAGAGAAAGAUGAAUGCUGUGAAACGUAACAGCCUCUUAGAGCCUGCUAAGCGGGUUAUGACAGAUGAGGAUAGAGUAAAGCUUGGCAGAGAUUUGGGGUCCUUGACAGAAUUCCCUGUACAGAUAAUAAAUUUCCUGAGAGAUCACAGCUCCAAGGAAGAGAGAUCUGGAGAUGAUGAGAUAGAGAUUGACAUCAAUGAUCUCAGUCAUGAUGCCUUGUUCCAGUUGCGGGAUCUCUUUGAUGAGUUUCUGCGAGAAAAUCAAAAGAAAGAUUCAAACGGUGAACCCUGUGUGUUAGAGCUUUUACAUGGGUCAGGGCCAGGAAAUUCAUUGACGCAACACUGUGAUGGGAGUGAAUUGGAGGACGAGGAUGUUGACAUUGGUAAUUAUGAGCACCCUAUAUCUCACAUCUCAACUGUCAGAACAGAAAAAGAUUCCGUCGGUGGAUUGAAUCAGAUGGAAGAUGCAUCCAGAGGGAAGCUAAGUCUUAUUGAGGGGGCAGAUGGUCAUCAAGAUGGAAAUAGUGCUCCAAAAGAGAAGGAACUACCUCCAGAAAAGCGUUACAGGGCUGCUCUAUUGAAAAAUCGAUUUGCGGAUAUAAUCUUGAAGGCUCAAGAGAUAACUCUUAAUCAGGUUAGCUGUGUUUGUGGAGGUGUGAGCUGUUAUAUCUGGUUAGCCCUCCCUCUUUGACUUUCAAAAUUAUAUUUGUGAGAUCAGAAUGAGAAACGAGACCCAGAGACACUGCAACGUGAGAAGGAAGAACUGGAAUUGCAAAAGAAGAAAGAAAAAGCACGGUUACAAGCAGAAGCCAAGGAAGCUGAAGAAGCUCGUAGAAAAGCUGAGGCACAAGAGGCUAAGAGGAAACUGGAACUUGAAAGAGAAGCAGCCCGGCAGGCAUUGCUUGAGAUGGAGAAGUCGGUUGAAAUAAAUGAGAACACAAGGUUUCUCAAGGACCUAGAACUGCUCAAAACGGUUAACACGGACCAGUUACGAAAUCUAAGAGAUGUUGGCUCUGAGUCUGAUGGGUUGGCUGUAUUUGGGUUUGGAGGAAGUAAUCCUCUAGAGCAGCUGGGGCUAUUUAUGAAACAUGAGGAGGAUGAAGAUGAAUCCGACAUGCUUGCGUUUCCAGAUCCCGGCAAUGAAGUAGAAGAGGGUGAAAUCGACUGAGAUUCAUGAGUGUUGUGUCUUGGAUAACAGCAGUCAAGUGUACAUGAGUUGUUGUAAAAAAUGAUAGUUAGAUUGAUAUUUAACCAAUGCGAUGGCAUUUUAUCCGAGUAAACAAUCAAUAACACUUUGUGUAGUGAGUAAAAUUUUGGUUAAUUCAAUAAACCAAUGACCGACAGCACCGAGAGAGAGAGGGAGCAUGUCUCAG